AUGAAUGUAGAGGAUAAACUUAUAUGGGGCCCUUCAGAAAAAGGGCUAUACUCGGUCAAAAGUGGGUAUCAAGUGGAGAUUGACAAGAAAAAGGCUAUCACAAGGGAAACUUCAGAGAGAAGCAGGCAUGAUGGAAGAUGGAAGAGUAUCUGGGAGCUUAAUGUACCGGGGAAGGUAAAGACAUUUAUGUGGAAAGCAGGCAAUGAUCUAUUAGCCACUAAAUGGAACCUUUUCAAGAGAAAAAUUCUGGAUGACCCUCUAUGCCCAACAUGCCAGACAGAUACUGAAACUGUGAUGCAUCUUUUAUGGCAAUGCCCGACAGCUAAUGUUGUAUGGACAGAAAUGACUACCCCUAUUCAGAAAUGGAAUGUGGCUGAAGAUGACUUUCUAAGUAUGUGGGGAAGGAUGAAAGGUAAACUAACAGAACCUGAUUUGGAGAUGAUAGCAGCAACGAUGAGAAUGCUAUGGAUGAGGAGAAAUGAGUUAGUUUUUGACAAGAAGUUUAAAAGCCCAAGGACUGUUAUCAGAGCUUCAAAGGAGUCACUACAGGAGUACCAGACAGCAAAUCAGAUGCUAAAAAGGGGCAAUAAUUUCGCUAUGGUUGUAAGAGAUGAAAAGGGGGACGUAUUGGCAGCAGCUUGUGGACAAAGGAAGUACUUACAUCACCCAGCAACAGCAGAAAGUCUUGCCUUGAGAAGGGAAGCAGAGAUUUGUACAGAAUUGAAUUACACGAAAGUAAUACUGGAAGGGGAUGCAAAGGGGAUUAUAGAGGCAGUAAAUAGAGAAGCAGAAGACUUGUCUAUCUACGAAAAUAUUAUACAGGAGAUAAAGAGAUACUUUAGAAAUAGAAAAGAGUGGGAGGUGAGAUUUGUAAAAAGAGAGAUGAAUACAGUGGCCCACAUACUAGCUAGAACAACUUUACAAUUUGAUACCAAGAGAAUAUGGAUUGAGGAAACACCAGAAAUUGUAUUGAGUGAUCUGUUGAAAGAUAAACUUUGUAACGGAUGA